AUGGAUGACGUCCUUUAUUCAAUGGAACCUAAGAUCCUGAUUGCCCCGGGACAAUUAAUUGUUGAAGUGGGCUUAAUUGACACACAGACUGGCCGGGGAAUGCGGGAUUACAGUAUCCGUUUCAGGAUCCUAAAGGAUAACAAUGCCGCAAUACAAGAGGGGAUGAACAAAAUGGACAUCAACCAUGUAGUAUUAGACAAGGAAGCAAUCAGCCGGUUCGAACAGUAUACAUUGGCGAAGCCCGCAAACGGCACUGUGCCCCUGGACAAGUGCCAAGAUGACUCGACAUCUAAUAGCAGAAAGAAAACACAAGCGUCUCGACAAAAAGUAGUUUGUUGCUUCUGCUUCAAAACGACAAAGUACAGACGGAAACAAUUCAUCGUCGGAUCCUUGACCAACAGCGUGGUGUUCUCUGUUCUAUUGGCGUAUACAUUUCUAGGCUCGUUCAUAUUUCUGGCGAUAGAGGGCGGUGUCGAAGUACCCUCGCGACCCAGGUUAUUGCCAGAUAAACAGAAGAUAUAUAGAGACCACAGCAACGAUAGCAAGAAAGAAGUGGACGAGUAUGAUUAUGGAAAUCUGACUCUGUCAGCGAACUUCUGGGACGCGAGGAGCCGCGCCGUGGAAAAUAUCUGGGAGAUAACCGUAUCUCUGAAUAUUUUGUAUAGAGAGAAUUGGACGCGUUUGGCGUCGGCUGAAAUUUUAAAAUUCCAGAACGAGUUGCUACAAAGGGUCACAGCCGAAAUGGCCUCGCAGUACGGCGUGAGCUAUAAAGAGUUGGCUUUAGGCGAAUUUGGCGAGGGUGAUGUAAACAACCAUUACGAAGAACACGACUGGAACUUGGCCCUGGCUUUUUUCUACUCGUUGACUGUAUUAACUACUAUCGGGUACGGAAACAUAGCUCCGAGAACGAUGUUGGGCAAGGGAAUCACAAUUCUAUACGCGCUAAUUGGAAUCCCUUUGACGCUUGUAUACCUUUCGAGCGUCGGCUCUUUACUCUCCAAAAUGGCUCGCAGUGUUUUCAGCAGAGCACUAUGCUGUUGUCUCUGCUCAAACUGCGGUUACUGCUGUUACGACGAGCGGCGAAUGGCGGAAAAAGAACGACGAAUGAAACUCAAGAGACAACAGGAAGAACUACUCAACAGCCAAAACUCCAGCAAAACGGAGGAGUGCUAUGUACUAAAAACAGACAGUCAGAAGGAUUCUUCGAACUCUGAUAGACCUACAACGAGUACAGCUAAAGACGAUGUGAUCAGCUGGCCUGACACUGAUUCUAAACUGUCCAUGCACGGCUUAAGCAUACUAGCUCCUGUGCUGUUAUGUUUAGCAGCUAUUUUCGUUUACAUCUCUUUGGGUGCGAUCGUCUUAUUUCAAUUGGAUGACAUGAGUUUGAUAGAUGGCUUUUAUUUCUGCUUCAUGGCGCUCAGUACAAUAGGAUUCGGUAACAUCAUCCCGGGGACCAGCUACACCACUAUUAACGGUGUCAGAUAUUAUACAAUAAAUUCGACCGUUCUAUGGUUUUGUUCUGUGUAUACAUUGACUGGCCUAGCCUUGACAGCUAUGUGCUUUGGAGUUAUCCACGACGAGAUUAUUUAUAGGAUAAAACACCAGCAGAAAGAGUGGUCGCAGAAGGGGAACACGGUCAACGAUGAAGUUAACGUCACUGAUCCAUUUUAUAUGAGCUCCUGA